AUGGUAGUAGCUGGGAGAAAUCCACUGAGAUUGCCAAACUGCUGAACUGAGGUUUAGUGGUUCAGACAUUGCCUGAAGAGCUAUGAAGAGCUGGCUACUCCUGGUUGCUGCUGUUCUUCUCUGGCCGGGCAGCUCUUCUCAAAAUGCAUGUGAAGAACCAGAGGACAUUGACUUUGGGGAAAUUGUAAGCCUUGAGAAAGCCAAAUACCUGGAAAAUGACCGAGUGCAAUACAGUUGCAACCCAGGUUAUGUCUUGGAAGGAUCUGAAUGGAUUCAGUGUAAGGGACAAAAAUGGACACCUCAUCCACCAAAAUGCUUGGCACCCUGCAGUAUCACAAGACAACAGCUAGCAACAAAAAAAUUGCUUGUGUUUGGGAGUCAAAGAAAAGCUCGUCUUAUUCAGAGUAAUCAUAACAUGCAAUUUCAGUGUAAUGAAGGAUAUGUCCUUGUGGCUCCAUCUGUCAGAAAGUGUUUUGAUGGUUACAUGGAUUUCCCAUUAUGUAUCUCUGAAGGAGGGCAAAAUUGCAGUGGUCCACCAAGAAUUGAGAACGGAGACAUUAUUAGUUUAUCUGAGAAACUGUACAGAUCUGGCUCUUCAGUAGAAUUCAGAUGCCAAACAUAUUAUGCCAUGGAAGGCCAGAACAGAUCUUUUUGUGACAAUGGGACCUGGACAAAAGUGCCUAUUUGCCUGGAUCCCUGUGUGAUCUCCAGGACUGAAUUGGAAAGCCAGAAAAUAGAUGUUAAAGAUGAAAUAGAUGUGCCUGAAAAUAUAUUUAUUCAACGUGGUCAUUCUAUUGAGCUGACCUGUAAAACAGGAUAUGUCCUGGAAGCAUAUUCUUCCCAAUCAGCUUUUGUAAUCCAGUGUGAUGGGACACCAUCCGUGAUUCCUAAAUGCAAAGAAAUUACAUGCAAUUCUCCAAGAAUAUCAAAUGGUUCUUUCCGACCUCAAAGAACUUUAUACCACGAUGGGGAUCUAAUUCGAAUUCUGUGUGACAGUGGAUUUACUUUUGAACCUGAUAAUGGAGAAAAGGUAGUUGAGUGCACGAGAAAUGGAUGGUCACCUUCACCAAAAUGUGUCAAUACAAACUUUACAGAACCCCCUAUAGUUGAAAAUGCUGACAUUGUUGACGAUACAAUGGAGAAGUACAUGAAUGGCGAGAAAAUAAAUUACCAGUGUAAGGAUGGUUUUGAAAUAUCUGGAUCAAGUACUAUAAUAUGUAUAGAAAAUAAGUGCUCACGUUUUCCAAGUUGUAAAGAUAUAAGGUGUUCUUCUCCCUCCGAAAUUCCAAAUGGCCAGAUUACUAGUGAAAUAAAGGCAAAGUAUUUGCCCCGGGAGAAGGUGUACUAUCGAUGCAACCCAGGUUAUGCUCUUCUUGGAACUCCUUUCAUUAUAUGUUUGAGGAAACGUUGGACACACACACCACGUUGUGCAGCUCUUGGGGGAAAAUGUGGACUCCCACCUGUUGUGGAGAAUGGAGACAUUCUGGAUUCACCCAAGCCAAUCUAUUUCCCAUCUGAAACUGUAACUUAUCAGUGCCAAAAUUUCUAUACAAUGGAAGGUUCUCCAAGAGUGACUUGUCAAAAUGGUCAUUGGUCACAACCACCAACAUGUAGAGUUGCUUGUACAGCAAAUGAAGAAGAUAUGAGAGUACGUAAUAUAAAGCUGAGGUGGAGCAACAGAGAUAAAAUAUAUUCUGAGGAUGGAACUACAGUAGAAUUUGUAUGUUUAAGAGGCUAUAAACCACAUCCAAAUACCAGAUCAUUAAGAGCUAAUUGUGUGGAUGGGAAAUUUGAUUAUCCGGAUUGCAUUCCUAUCUAAGUAAAUGAAGAACAGGACAUAUAUAGCCCCUUUGAAGCAAAAAGAAGAUGAAUGUCGGAAAUU